CUAUCUAUCUUGUUCAACAUUUGCUCUCUCUCUCUCUCUCUCUCUCUCUCUCUCUCUCUCUCUCUGUGAUCAGAAUGCCUGCUGCUGAAGUGAUGACUGAGAAAUCCCAUCAAGGGAUGCAUGUUCUUCCUUGGGAAGCUGGUACUCUUUUGCACAAAAGGCUCGAAGGGAAGGUGGCGAUCGUGACAGGCGGCGCCAGGGGCAUCGGAGAAGCCACCGUGAGGGUCUUCGCGCGACACGGGGCGAAGGUCGUGAUCGCCGACAUGGAGGACGUGGCGGGCGAGUCGCUGGCCGCGUUGCUCGGCCCCUCGGUGAGCUUCAUGCACUGCGACGUGAGGGAGGAGGCCGACGUCGAGCAGCUGGUGAGCAGCACGGUCGCCCGGCACGGCCGCCUCGACGUGCUGUGCAACAACGCGGGGGUGCUGGGCCGGCAGACGCGGCGGAGCAAGAGCAUCGCGGCGCUGGACGCGGACGAGUUCGACGGCGUGAUGCGCGUCAACGUCCGGGGGACGGCGCUGGGAAUGAAGCACGCGGCGCGCGCCAUGUUGCCCCGCCACGCCGGCUGCAUCAUCUCCGUGGCCAGCGUGGCCGGAGUCAUGGGAGGCCUCGGCCCCCACGCCUACACCGCCUCCAAGCACGCCAUCGUCGGGCUCACCAAGAACGCCGCCUGCGAGCUGGGCGCGCACGGCAUCCGGGUCAACUGCAUCUCGCCCUUCGGCGUCGCCACGCAGAUGUUGGUGAACGCCUGGAGGGACGAGGACGACGGCGAGGACGGCAUCGAGUUCGUGCCACCGCCGACGGAGGAGGAGGUGGAGAAGACGGAGGAGCUGGUGAGGGGGCUGGCCAAUCUCAAGGGUGCAACCUUGACGGCCAGGGACAUAGCCGAGGCAGCCUUGUACCUCGCCAGUGAUGAGUCUAGAUAUGUGAGCGGCCACAACCUCGUGGUGGAUGGAGGAGUCACCACCUCAAGAAAUCUCAUUGGGUUGUAGGUGGUACGGCGCUGAGCCAAAGCCACCACCACAUCGUUUCUUUGUUCUUUUGUGCAUCUCUCUUUCUUUCUCUGGCAAGAAAUCGAAAGCUCCCAACACUGUUAGAACAAACAUUGCAAUGCAAGCAUAUUCUUGAAUUGUUUGAA